ACUGACGGUUUCUUUUCUUUCACUGACAUGAUUAUUUCGACUAUUUGUUUUCUAAUAUUUGGGAUCAGUCAUAUUGAUUGUCGAGCUUUUGGUCAACGUGUUGAAUAUCAGUAUGAAUUUGAUCCAAAACAAGACACACAUCCAAGGGUACAUGUGAAGUUCGAUGACGUCACCGAUGAAGCUGAGCUAAUGAAAAUCUUCAAUCAUCGAAAGUCGUCAGAAGUUCGAAAGUCGCCGUCUAGAUAUGAGUACACGCCACCUUCUUCCCCAUUCUUCGAAGACAACGACCGUUUUAUGGAACCAUUCGAGGAAAUGGAUAAGGGAAAUCGAGAUGCCGGAUGGCGGAACGUUCCAUUUGCAGAGAAUCAAGAAUGGCAUCGUGAAUUCUUGAAUCUUCCGAUUCAUAAAUUUGUUCAACCCGAAUCACAAGAUUAUCUGGCCGAACAAAUGGCCUCGUUCCUUCGUCGUCAAUCUGAAUCUAUUCUUUCCAGACAUUUUCCCUCAAUUCCACGUCAUCGAUUUUCAGAUCCACCUGAAUUUAUGAUAACUCCGAUGCCAAAGUUCCUAUUUUAAUUUAUUUAUGAUUAUGACUAUAUAUUUAUAUUU